GACGCAUCGCGCUAGUAGGCACCUGUGACCGUGUUCGAGCUGUAGUCGUCAGUCGAGAACCGGAGUUGGGUCUGAUCGGACCCACAGCACUCUGACGAGAUUUCUUGGACGAAAAAACAGAAAUACUUUCACCGAGAUGCUGAGGGAAACGAGUCUCGUUUUCGCAGCGCUUGUCGUGUUUGCUGGUGCCACGGUAGUUUAUAAGUGCGGUUCUGAAACACCAUUCGAGGAUCCCACACAGAUCAGCAUAUCCGGUUGUGAUAAACCUGAAUGUCCGUUGAAACAGGGAACAACUAUUAAUGUAGAUAUCAAACUCGUACCUAACAGAGAAAUUAAGAGUUUGACUAAUGCAGUGAACGCGAUUCUUUUUGGCGUGCCUUUGCCUUUCGUGGGAGUCGACGGAACAAAUGCCUGCGAUAAUAUUUACAAUCCUGAUGGUAGCAAAGCCGGUUGCCCUUUGAAACCAAAUGUGGAAUACUUAUACAAAAUCAAUUUCCCUGUUUUGUCGAUAUAUCCUAGGGUUGCACUGAUCGUACAUUACGCACUAAAAGAAGGAAACGAGGAAAUCAUGUGCUUCGAAGCACCAUCGAAAAUUAUAAAAUAAACUGUUUCGCUUCGCUAACUUCCGCAUAUUAAAAUUAAAAAUCCAAAUAUGUGUAGUCAAUGUAGUUUUGAGUUUAUAUAAUUUAAUCGGCCAAUUAUGUGGAACUGCAUAGAAAUUUCCUUAUUUUUCCAAUAUAGAAAAUAUCCAAUAUAGAGAAAUAAUCCUUCCAAUACAGAGUAUGCCAUAUUAUAAAAUAUGUGUAUAUAUAAAAUUUGUAAUAAAUUUUUAAUAAAUUUUCUAUUUUUAAUCAAGA